AAGAUCGCCCGAUGGUUCGUGCUUCGCCAGGCUCUGGAAACACGGAGGAUUCCGGAACUACUAUGUUCCUGAGCCUGAAAGACAUUCUUAGGAGCAAUAGUUAUUAGAGACUGGACUAGUGAUUGCCAGCAGACUUGGUAAGACCGGACUCGUCUCUGACACGCGCACGAUUUGCUACGGCCUACCCCGAGGGUGCUCGAGUGCACUAUCCUGCUCGAAUGCGUCUUUCGUCGUAGCUGCGGUGUUAUUUCCCAGCCGAUCCUCGCGUGUUCGCUGCGUAGGCCCGCACCGCGUGAGCUUAACCAAUGCGCUGGUAAAGUAGAAUCCGGUUGUGCUUCACUCCCUUGUAAGCAGUCACAUCGUAUCCACCAGCAUUCGUUUCUGUCCCCCCGUAGCCGCGCUGCCCUGCUCCGACUGCGAGCUUCAGUCCUUCAAGCCAUGGUUACUUCUUUCUCCUGAUUGACCGACUAGACGCUGAUCCGAGGUUCAAUCUCAUAGCUAUUCGACACGCGGUGCAGUCCUUGAUUUUGCAUGGUGUUCCACAGAAUUCUCGAAAGCACCUUGAGGCUAUAGCACCCUUUAUUGACCGGUAAAAGCUGUUUUGAGGUGUUCCGGCGACUCUGUCGCUCUGUCUCUGACGCUACACGCACCCUCCCUCUGCCGAGCGCUGAGACACUGCUCUGACAUCCAGUAUCACAAGCUCUCACCCCUGGGCCUGCACCAUUCAGGCAUUCAGGCCACAUGCACCCUCUACUGACCGUUGAGAAGCACCCCAAAUGCGCUGAGCUGAUCGAGAAGCUGAAGCGAUGCCACGAGGAGCACCCUAUCGCCAAGUUCUGGAACGUCUGCAGCGGCAUUAAGGUGGAGCUGGACGCGUGCUUCAGACAAGAGAAGGUGGAGCGCAGAACGGUGAAUCUGAGGGCGAGCAAGGAGUUCAGAGAGAAGCUGAGGGAGCAGAAGGCAGCAGAUGAGGCGGCAGGUGUGCCCAGAUGGACCGAAACGCUGAGACAGGAGGGAAAGAACCAAGGAUGAGCCAAGAUAUUUUGAAGAUAUGGUAGAUGAGGCAGGCAAUCACCAGUGUGGAAUGUCCAGAUUUCCUUUUCCACUAGUGGUGCUUCGCAUGCGGUACCCGACCCGCAUGCCCGUUGUUGGGCUGAGAAAUAGCCCUUAGGAUCUUUCCAGAGACUAAGUCCAGUUGUAAAAGAGACUUGAGUAGUGCAGCGGAAGUUGAGUAGUUGAGCCCUUGUACUAGUAUGUAAGAACAAGUGAUCGAUUAAAAGAACAAGCAUACAGCAAUAUAUAGAAAGCUGGCCCAACUUGAAAGAGGGCUCCCUCUGAGCGACUCAAGUUGGAAACCAGCUUCAACAAAUAACUGUUCCAAAAUGGC